AUGAAGUUUUUUAUUUUAUUGUUUCUCUUAGGAGUAAGUUGGGGGAAAACAAUAAAUGUUAGCAGACCUGGAGUCAAAUACGACUGCGCCUACUGCCAGCCUGAACAAGUGCACAUAUCCUUUGGUGACAAAAUAAACGACAUAGUAGUAACAUGGUCGACCUUCAACGACACACAGGGCUCGGUCGUACAAUUUGGCAAGGGUAUUAUGGACAGAACGGUAUCAGGUACAAGCAAGUUGUUCGUAGAUGGUGGAUUGCUCAAACGCAGCCAGUAUAUACACACUGUUACUUUACGAGAUCUGGAGUAUGACACUAGAUAUGUCUAUCAUGCCGGCUCAGAAUACGGCUGGUCCGAGCAGUUUUCCUUCAAAACACCGCCUCAGGGUGAGGAUUGGUCAGUGCGUGCUGCGAUAUAUGGUGAUAUGGGCAACAAGAACGCUCACUCUCUAUCGUACCUCCAAGAUGAGGCUCAGCGCGAAAGGUUCGACGUGAUACUCCACGUGGGGGACUUCGCGUACGACAUGGACACAGACGACGCGCUGGUCGGAGAUGAGUUCAUGCGACAGAUACAGCCUCUCGCCGCCAUCGUUCCUUACAUGACCUGUCCUGGCAACCAUGAACAGAUGUACAAUUUCAGCAACUACGCGAACCGGUUCACUAUGCCCGGCCGGGACUCGAGCCUGUACUACAGUUUCGACCUUGGAAACGUACACUUCGUGUCCGUCUCCACCGAAGUGUACUACUUCCUGCAGUACGGACUUAAAUUGAUCACCAACCAGUACGAGUGGCUGGAGAAGGAUUUGGCUCGCGCCAACCUCCCGGAGAACAGGUCGAAGCGGCCCUGGAUCGUGUUGUUUGGCCACAGACCUAUGUACUGCAGCGACUCUAAUGACAUCGACUGCAGUGUUGAGUACACUAGAGUUGGCAUUUUUGGGCUCUACGGUUUGGAACCGUUGCUGAAGAAGUAUGGAGUAGACCUGGUGAUAUGGGCUCACGAGCACUCGUAUGAGAGGACGUGGCCUCUCUACGACUACAAGGUGUACAACGGCUCCAAGGAAUUCCCCUACGUGAACCCGGGCGCUCCGGUACACAUAGUCACGGGCUCCGCUGGUUGUCAGGAGAAGACUGAUCCUUUCAAAGAAGACCCUGAGGCGUGGUCGGCCUUCAGGAGCAAUGACUACGGCUACUCGCGGCUCCUGGCGCGCAACAAAACUCACCUAUACUUCGAGCAGGUGGAUGUGGAUCUAAAAGGCCAGGUGAUCGACUCGUUCUGGCUCAUCAAGGAACAACACAAACCUUACAAUAUUCACUAA